AUGUACUUUGCGAUCCCUGAUACAACAGAAAUCUCUGCUAAACAAAGUUCGAAUCAACAUGCGUAUACUCUAUAUAAUAUCCAUGUAAAUGGCGUUCAUCAUUGUAGUUUACGUUACUCGCAAUUGCAUUCGUUCCAUACUGAACUCCAGCGUUUUCUGCCAAAUUUUAUGAUACAAAGUCAACCAUUUCCACCGAAAAAAUUCUUUAGCCUAUCGUCACGUGAUAUCGAAGAACGACGAAUAUUACUCGAACGUUAUUUGCAAUCUGUUGUGCAACAGAAAUCUCUGAUAUCCUCAACUUAUUUCAAUGAUUUCUUCUUCAAUGCACAGCAUGAAACAUAUCUCAAUGCAUCCAUCGAUAAAUUCAUGCCAGACAGAACCAAUUUUAUUAUUUACCUUUUGGAUCGUCAUGAAAUUAUUCUGGAGAAUCUCUCGUCUCACGACACACUCACCAAAUUAUUCGAAGCUUGUGCAGAGAAAAUUCAACUGGAUCUUGAGUACUUUUCAUAUUUUUCGUUAUUUCUCUAUGCAUCCGAUCAGAAUCACCUAAAUCUCAUCCGACCAUUGUUUUCAUUCGAAUGUCCCUAUAUAUCACUGAAACAAGCAGAAAAAUUCCAUGCAAACUGUUGUAUUGUUCUAAAGAAAUCUUAUUGGAAUGUGACCUAUGAUCUGAAAUUGUUAGAUAAUCCCUGCACGCAAAAUUUACUCUUUCUUCAAUGUCAAUACGAUAUUGAUCAGAGUCAAGAGUUCGACUCGAAUGAUCUUCACAAACAACUCAUCCAAUUGCGUGAUCAUCAGCAAUGGAAAGAAUACAUUCUCUUAGCGCGAACAUCCAAAUUCUCGGGAUAUAUCCUUCUUCGUGAAUGUACAGUCAACGAUUUAUCAACGGAAGAGCUUUCUCGAUGUUUAUUAGCAAUUGGAAAUAAUGACUUGAUUUGUUAUUAUGUCAAUGAUGAACAUGUACAUUCCAUUUCAAAAGAGAUCUCAUUCAAAGUCACGCGUAUUCGUUGUUGGAAAGUUAAUUGGACAAAAUCGGAUCUGAGUCUCACCUUCGAAUAUUUAGUUCGCAAAAAUACCUUACAGUGGAUUACAAUACAUACAGAACAGGCCGCUUUAGUCAGCACAUGUCUACAGAGUAUGGUCGAUGAAAUAUUAAAGAAACGAAUUGAUGCGAAUGUCUUGAUGGUCGAUGCGAACAAGAAGAAUAGUCAACAGAAGAAAACAGUUGGUCUCACCACACGGACAAAGUCUGAUUUAGAUCGAUUAAAUAAUAACGAAUUGUUUGAUAGAGGUGCUGGUGAUGAAGAUUUGUAG